UUCCUUCCGUGUUGGUGUUACCCUCGUCGGCGAGAUCCGUGCUGGCCGUAGGCAUGUCUGUAUUUCAGCUUGGGGAAGGUCAGGUGAACAGAGGAGUGCAUAUCGGGUACCUCAGCCCCAGACCAAGAAGUGGAAUCCAUCACAUCCCACGUUGUUCCGCUGGUGAACAGAGAGAGGAACCCAGGAGACUUGGGGAAGAGCGAAGUCACAAGAUGGAAAAGGCCUGGUGCCCUGAAUUACUACAUGGAUCAGAGUCAUCACAUCGACCUGUACUGGACUUCAUUCACAAAUCAACAUCUUCAAAAUGACGAGGAUUUUGACAGCUUGCAAAGUGGUGAAGGCCCUGAAGACUGGUUUUGGCUUUACCAAUGUGACUGCACAACAUCAAUGGAAAUUUUCAAGACCUGGCAUUAGGCUCCUUUCUGUCAAGGCACAGACAGCACACAUUGUCCUGGAAGAUGGAACUAAGAUGAAGGGUUACUCCUUUGGCCAUCCAUCCUCUGUUGCCGGUGAAGUGGUCUUUAAUACUGGCCUGGGAGGGUAUCCAGAAGCUAUUACUGACCCUGCCUACAAGGGGCAGAUUCUGACCAUGGUCAAUCCUAUUAUUGGGAACGGUGGAGCCCCUGACACUAUUGCACUGGAUGAAAUGGGACUUAGCAAAUACAUGGAGUCUGAUGGAAUUAAGGUUGCGGGUCUGCUGGUGCUGAAUUACAGUAACGACUACAACCACUGGCUGGCCACCAAGAGCCUAGGGCAAUGGCUGCAGGAGGAAAAGAUCCCUGCAAUUUAUGGAGUGGACACAAGAAUGCUGACUAAGAUAAUUCGGGAGAAGGGCACCACGCUUGGGAAGAUUGAAUUUGAAGGUCAGUCUGUGAAUUUCGAGGAUCCAAAUAAGCAGAAUUUGAUUGCUGAGGUUUCAACCAAGGAUGUCAAGGUGUUCGGCAAAGGAAACCCCACGAAAGUGGUAGCUGUAGACUGUGGGAUAAAAAACAAUGUAAUCCGCCUACUAGUCAAGCGAGGAGCUGAAGUGCAUUUGGUCCCCUGGAAUCAUGAUUUCUCCAAGAUGGAGUAUGAUGGGCUGUUAAUCGCCGGAGGACCUGGGAACCCAGCUCUUGCACAACCACUAAUUCAGAAUGUGAAAAAGGUUUUGGAGAGUGAUCGCAAGGAGCCAUUGUUUGGAAUCAGCACAGGAAAUUUAAUAAUAGGAUUAGCUGCUGGCGCCAAGUCCUACAAGAUGCCCAUGGCCAACAGAGGGCAGAAUCAGCCUGUUUUGAAUGUGACAAACAGACAGGCCUUCAUUACGGCUCAGAAUCAUGGCUAUGCCCUGGAAAACACCCUUCCUGCUGGCUGGAAGCCACUUUUUGUGAAUGUCAACGAUCAAACCAAUGAGGGGAUUAUGCAUGAAAGCAAACCCUUUUUCGGAGUGCAGUUCCACCCAGAGGUCAGCCCGGGGCCAACGGACACUGAGUAUCUGUUCGAUUCCUUUUUCUCGCUGAUAAAGAAGGGGAAAGGAACCACCGUUACAUCGGUUCUACCAAAGCCAGCCCUGGUUGCAUCUAGAAUUGAGGUUUCCAAAGUCCUUAUCCUGGGAUCGGGAGGUCUGUCCAUUGGCCAGGCCGGUGAAUUUGAUUACUCAGGCUCACAAGCUGUAAAAGCCAUGAAGGAAGAAAAUGUGAGAACUGUCCUGAUGAACCCAAACAUUGCGUCAGUACAGACCAACGAGGUGGGCUUAAAACAAGCAGAUUCUGUCUACUUCCUCCCCAUCACCCCUCAGUUUGUGACAGAGGUCAUCAAGGCGGAGCGGCCAGAUGGGUUAAUUCUAGGCAUGGGUGGCCAGACAGCUCUGAACUGUGGAGUGGAACUAUUCAAAAGAGGUGUGCUCAAGGAGUAUGGCGUGAAAGUCCUGGGGACCUCAGUUGAAUCUAUUAUGGCCACAGAAGACAGGCAACUGUUCUCAGACAAACUAAACGAGAUUAAUGAAAAGAUUGCCCCAAGCUUUGCAGUGGAAUCGAUUGAGGAUGCGCUGAAGGCAGCAGACUCCAUUGGCUACCCAGUGAUGAUCCGUUCUGCCUAUGCCCUGGGUGGGUUAGGCUCAGGCAUCUGUCCAAAUAAGGAGACCUUAGUGGACCUCAGCACAAAGGCCUUUGCUAUGACCAACCAGAUCCUGGUGGAGAGGUCAGUGACAGGUUGGAAAGAAAUAGAAUAUGAAGUGGUCCGAGAUGCUGAUGACAAUUGUGUCACUGUGUGUAACAUGGAGAAUGUUGAUGCCAUGGGCGUUCAUACAGGUGAUUCCGUUGUUGUGGCCCCCGCCCAGACGCUCUCCAACGCGGAGUUUCAGAUGUUGAGACGCACUUCCGUCAACGUGGUUCGCCACUUGGGCAUCGUGGGCGAAUGCAACAUUCAGUUUGCCCUUCAUCCCACCUCAAUGGAAUACUGCAUCAUUGAAGUGAAUGCCAGGCUGUCCCGGAGCUCUGCCCUGGCCUCGAAGGCCACUGGCUACCCAUUGGCAUUUAUUGCUGCAAAGAUUGCCCUAGGAAUCCCACUUCCAGAAAUCAAGAAUGUUGUAUCAGGGAAGACAUCAGCCUGCUUUGAACCUAGCCUGGAUUACAUGGUGACUAAGAUUCCUCGCUGGGAUCUUGAUCGUUUCCAUGGAACAUCUAGCCGAAUUGGUAGCUCUAUGAAGAGUGUAGGAGAGGUCAUGGCUAUUGGUCGCACCUUUGAGGAGAGUUUCCAGAAAGCCUUACGGAUGUGCCACCCGUCUAUAGAUGGUUUCACUUCCCGUCUCCCAAUGAACAAAGACUGGCCAUCCAACCUGGAUCUCAAAAGAGAGCUGUCUGACCCGUCCAGUACCCGCAUCUAUGCCAUCGCCAAGGCUUUGGAAGACAACAUGCCCCUUGAUGAGGUUAUGAAGCUUACAUCCAUUGACAAGUGGUUUUUGUAUAAGAUGCGUGACAUUUUAAACAUGGAAAAGACACUAAAAGGGCUUAACAGUGAGUCCCUCCCAGCAGAAACUCUGAAAAAGGCAAAGGAGAUUGGGUUCUCAGACAAGCAGAUUUCCAAAUGCCUCAAGCUGACCGAGGCCCAGACAAGGGAGCUGAGGUUAAAGAAAAACAUCCACCCUUGGGUCAAACAGAUUGAUACACUGGCUGCAGAGUACCCUUCAGUGACAAACUACCUCUAUAUUACCUACAAUGGUCAGGAGCAUGAUAUCAGUUUCGAUGACCAUGGAAUGAUGGUGCUGGGCUGUGGUCCAUAUCACAUUGGAAGCAGUGUGGAAUUUGAUUGGUGUGCUGUCUCCAGUAUCCGCACACUGCGUCAACUGGGCAAGAAGACUGUGGUGGUGAAUUGCAACCCUGAGACUGUGAGCACAGAUUUUGAUGAAUGUGACAAACUGUACUUUGAAGAGUUGUCUUUGGAGAGAAUCCUAGACAUCUACCAUCAGGAGGCCUGUGCUGGCUGCAUCAUAUCCGUCGGAGGCCAGAUCCCAAACAACCUGGCAGUCCCUCUGUACAAGAAUGGUGUUAAGAUCAUGGGCACGAGCCCUCUGCAGAUCGACAGGGCUGAGGACCGCUCCAUCUUCUCCGCAGUCUUGGAUGAGCUGAAGGUGGCCCAGGCACCCUGGAAAGCUGUGAACACUUUGAAUGAGGCAUUGGACUUUGCGAAGUCUGUGGGCUACCCCUGCUUGCUGAGACCUUCCUAUGUUUUGAGCGGGUCUGCCAUGAAUGUGGUGUUCACCGAGGAUGAGAUGAAAAAGUUCCUGGAGGAAGCCACUAGAGUCUCUCAGGAACACCCCGUGGUGCUGACAAAAUUUGUUGAGGGGGCCCGGGAAGUAGAAAUGGAUGCGGUCGGCAAAGAAGGAAGAGUUAUCUCCCAUGCCAUGUCUGAACACGUGGAAGAUGCAGGCGUCCACUCCGGAGACGCGACCCUGAUGCUGCCCACACAGACCAUCAGCCAAGGAGCCAUUGAGAAGGUGAAGGAUGCUACCCGAAAGAUUGCAAAGGCUUUUGCCAUCUCUGGACCAUUCAAUGUCCAAUUUCUUGUCAAAGGAAAUGAUGUCUUGGUGAUUGAGUGUAACCUGCGAGCAUCUCGAUCCUUCCCCUUUGUUUCCAAGACACUCGGGGUAGACUUCAUUGAUGUGGCCACCAAAGUGAUGAUUGGAGAGAGCAUCGAUGAGAAGCCUCUUCCAACAUUGGAACAUCCCAUCAUUCCUGCUGACUAUGUUGCAAUUAAGGCUCCAAUGUUUUCUUGGCCCCGGCUGAGGGAUGCUGACCCCAUUCUGCGAUGUGAGAUGGCUUCCACUGGAGAGGUGGCUUGCUUUGGAGAAGGUAUUCACACAGCUUUCCUAAAGGCAAUGCUUUCCACAGGAUUUAAGAUCCCCCAGAAAGGCAUCCUGAUUGGAAUCCAGCAAUCAUUCCGUCCGAGAUUCCUUGGGGUGGCCGAACAAUUACACAAUGAAGGUUUCAAGCUCUUUGCCACGGAAGCCACGUCAGACUGGCUCAAUGCCAACAAUGUCCCCGCCACCCCUGUGGCAUGGCCAUCUCAGGAAGGACAGAAUCCCAGCCUCUCUUCCAUCAGAAAGCUGAUUAGAGACGGCAGCAUUGACCUGGUGAUUAACCUCCCCAACAACAACACGAAGUUUGUCCACGAUAAUUAUGUGAUUCGGAGGACAGCCGUCGACAGCGGAAUUGCUCUCCUCACUAACUUCCAGGUGACCAAACUUUUCGCUGAGGCCGUGCAGAAGUCUCGCACUGUGGACUCCAAGAGUCUUUUCCACUACAGGCAGUCCAGUGCCGGGAAGGGGGCAUAGAGAAGUGGAGGCCCGGCUCCCUUCCUGAACCAAGGAACUGAUUCCCACCUUCCUUUCCCAGAGAUGAACACAGACACCAGACUUUAUUUCAGUUUACUCAGUUACGCCUUAAUGUUCUUUUCUUUCACCAUUAAAUUGUCGUCAGUCACUUUUCAAAAACCUUGCAUAGAGAGUCCUUCCUAAGUAACCUGUUCUUCGCGAGAAUGCAUUCCUCUGUUGUGCCUCACUUUGGGUGGGCUAAGCUUCCCCACGCUUCCUCGCAGCUAACAUUUGAUGGUGCUGAUUAAGGGUAAUCAAGGUAGGAAACGUUGCUUCUCUGUCUCCUGAACUCUUUCUCUGUGCACUUCACAGACACUACUGUCAUUGUUUGAAAAUAGCCGCCACACUCAGGACCCUUUCACCAGGCAGAAUGCUCUAAAGAUUUGAUAAAAUGAAGCACGGAUCUAAUUUAUGAAGCCCUUCAUCAUGAUGCCUGUUUGCUGUUCCUUUUUAGUAAUCCUUGUAUCUGGCCCACCCAGGAAUAUCGUCAUCCCUUCCCACAGUGCUGAAUUUGAGAAGUGUGACUGAGGUCUUUAAGGAACAGAUUUCUUUAAAGGACACUAGUUUGCAGUUUUGGGUUUUGGAGUAUGUCAGCAGAGGGUAGAUACCGCUGAGGCAGGUUUAUUCCUGUUGUUCUUUGGAGUUUUAACCUGAGCCAACUGAAAUCUUCAGAUUUAUGCCACCUCCCUGCCCUCCCCCACUUCCUGCCAAUUUUCGAUACACUUGGGAGUUACAUUCAUUCCCUUCAGACUAUGGAUUCUGAUGAUCUACUGAGGCCCACGCUGCACUGUGAGUCGCACACAUUUUAAGCACAAGGUCCCCUUUCCUCCCGCAUACAAGAGAAGCCCUUCCUUCAAGGCAGCCUUUGUAUCUUUAAACUUUUUGUGUUAUUACAAGUGCUCUAAUUGUGAACUUUUAAAUAAAAUACUGUUAAGAGGCAA